CAACAACGCCGUCUCAGACCCGCGCUUCAGCGCAUGGUAUACAGUAACACCUCACUGCACCCUGAACACUGCAUGUCUCCCAUCAUUUCCAGCCACAGAGACAGAAACUGUACGUACUGUUGGGCGCGGUCUCGUCCCGGCGGUUCUGGCGGUUCUCCUGUUUCGUGUUGCGCCAUCUUUGACCACGAUGGCCAUUCGAAGCCUGCCUCCAGUCUUCUUCUAUAAUGAGUGGGACGGGACGAUCAAGUACCAUCGAACUCAAACCAUUUUCUUCUAGUCUCUACAUGCUCACCUCGCUAACCUUCCAACCAUACCCAUAAAUGCAGUCUUAUCAGGAUGUCUACCAGCACCGUCAUCACCGACUUUCUGAUGCAGGUGUGGAGGUACACUCCCAGAGGAUGGAACUACAAGGACAAUGAAGGGACAGCUCAAUUCUUGGCGCAGAAUUGCGACCUGAAGGGUUGGACAGUGCACCCUGCUUCACUCACCAGCAUCCACGACCAAGACAGCUUCGUUCCUCUGGAAGUAAACUUCCGGUUUAAAGGAUCAGCUGUGAAAGGGGCCCGCCGCGUUUACGAUCACUUGGCUGAUCUCAGGGAACUUUUUGAGGCUGUGCUCCCUUCCAAGAUUGAGGAAUUCUUUCUUGCCAAACAACAAAACUCGACGGCACACCACAUGGUGUUGGUGCCUGUCGGCAAGAUUUCGCCGGAGGUCGUACACAAGAAUACCCGUAUCAGGAUCCUGAGGUCUCUAGAAGUCCGGACGAGCACGGUUGUGGAACGAAAUCUGAUUACGCCAAUUGAUAUGUGCAAUCUUGCGUUAGAAGUUGUGCGUGGGUCUGCAAUAGGUGCCGAUCUAGCGACUAUGGUGCGCACGCUUCCGGCCAAGUGGAUGAUGGGGUCAUCAAUGGUUCAAGAGUUUGAUAAGCUCCGCAAGUCGAUACAAAUGAAUCAGCCUGAGGUCAACGGACCACUCAAGACAGUCGAGGACGUCACCAACGCCUGGAACAAGGCAGAGCCCUGCCUUGACCUCAUGUCCACCAUAAUCCGCCACAUCGAAGACUGCUUGGAUUUGAGCCGAAUUCCCAGACAAAAGAAUAUCCCACCCCAGCAACUUUACGAGACGAUGCUAGGGCUCCGGAAUGCAACCAUUUUCUUCUCUGCGUAUGAGGACCAAAUGUUGAGCAUCGCCGCCGCAACCCCGACCAUUCUAAGGCCACCGAAUGGAGCCAAGACCGUGGUCGGAGCUACUGCAACAGCAGUUAUGGUCGCCGCUGCUUUGAUGGUUUACACAUUCUUCACAGGAGGCACUGGCCUUAUCAUUGCUGGCGGUGCGUCAGGCGCUAUUCUAGGAGGCGGCGCAACAGCGGGCAUCGGAGCGUGGAAACGCAACAAACAUGCCUCAUUGUGUGAAAGUUUUAGCCGGAGCAUCAUAAACCUUGGCAAGGCGCUCACAGAUGCCAACAUUUGCUUAGCAGCAACCUACAGCUCUCAGGUUCUGCAGUUUCCUUUGCAUUCGUCGCAUUGUGCAUCCGGUCAGCGUGACGAGAUCCUUCGACAGCUAGGCGUAGACACCCGGCAGUUGAAGAGAGAAGCUUACCAGCGCCCGGCACUUGAAAAGAACCUAGAGACAGUUUUGAACAUGUACAACGAAUUCCUCGUCGCGAGAGCCCAGGUGCAAAAAGAAGCCCGUGUCAGAACUCGACAAGGACUCACCCCGAAUUCUCCCGCUCAACCACCGCAGGGGCUCCAGAUUCGUUCGGCUCCAAGGCCGCAAAACCCUAUGCCCGUAGUAUCCAAACAGCGGGCCAUUGGUUCCAUCUCGACGCCAUCAGCACGGUUGAACCCCCGUCAGCCUCAGCCACGAGGAGCUUCGCCGGUAGCUGUCAAUCAAGGCGCCCCCGGUCAGCAACGUCAACCGCAGCAGCGAAAACAACCCGUUUCCUUGCCGGCGGCACCAAGUCAACAGGCCUCUGGUUCACAACCGCGGCCUCUGCCAAUUCAGUUAAAGAACGACAACCCAUCUCCUCAAAGUCGACCGUCAAAGAACGCCGGCUCAUCUCGUCAAAGUCAACAGUCAAAGACAGGCCCCUUGACCGGUCAAAGCCGAGCGAACCCUGCAGGCCUAGCUCGAUCAGCACCAAAGAUGAAGAGCUCAACCACUGGGUGAUUAAUAUCUUGGAUGUUUUUCUCUUUCUUGAUUGAGUAGGUACCAGCUUAUAGCUGCACCAUCAACAUGUCGGGUUGAAAAGACAAGCUUAUAAGCGCUCUUGAGGAACCGGCAGUUGGAACAGUGGCACCGGUCUGACCAGCAGGAGCAGCCCAGGCUUGUAUGAGCUAUCGUCGCAAUUGGGUUGAACCAGGACCUUGUAACCAAGGAUAAAGAUAUCUCGCUGAUUCCACCGUCUAACAGAUCGAGCUGAAGAAAGGAUCGGGUGAUAUUGUGUCUGGGGCAGGGUCCGAAAGUAUUUGCUCAUGCCUUCUCUAUGGGCAAAGACAGGCGAUCUCGACUGAAUCUCCAAAGUAGAUUAUUAGUAGCGGCAGAUGCCAUGGGAAAGGCUGAAGGUUAUCACCAUAUCGCAGCAACCUGGUCAGUGGACCGUCGAGGGUUCUCGAUACAAACUACGACAUUGCAGACUGUUAGCUGCAAAUAAAGACCUAUCAGGCGUGCGUGAGCGCAAGGGAGGCGCCAUCUUGAUGAAGAUGGGCGACUGUGGUGGCGGGAGGUAAAUGUUCCAGAUGCUUCGAGAUGGGCCGGGGUUGCAAAGCGCUUCUCAAACAAAGCUGGGAGGACGGUGAGACAUUUUGGGACAUUUCCGGGCGUCCCAAUUCUUAGCCUUUCCAAAAGGCCACUGCAAGGAAGAAAGGACCACAGUCGUGGUCAUUGUAGGGUACCUUCUUCCCGGUCCGUUCUGAGACCAACAUCAGAAUAUGAGCCCAACAAGACGACAGCUAAUGCAAAAUGGAAACAAUCUAAAUACCUACCAGGUUGGGUUGAUGAAUUGCUUUUGCAGCACCCUCAGGAUGGGAAGGAGAAUCGCAGAUGUAAAUUUCUCAACCUCGGGCAUGAGCAGGUAAAUUCCAGCGAUAUGUAAAUUUCCACGUCAUGUCCUCUGGACACUUCAACUCUCAGGCUCAUCUUCUUUUGGCCAGUG